AUGGCGUCAUCUUCCUCCAAGUAUUGUGUGCCCGAGCUGGUACAGGACGACGUGCCAGGCGGCGCGUGCUGCGUGGACGAGACGACGUUUGCAACGCAGUUCCCCAGCUACCUCGAGCGCUACAUCCGCAGCGUCUGGCCGGCCGUAGAGGCGCUGCUGGCGCAACACCAGCUGGCCGGCCGGCUGGACCUCGUCGAGGGCUCCAUGACGGUCGCGACAACGCGGCGGACGUGGGACCCGUACGCCGUGGUGAAGGCGCGCGACUUCAUCCGACUGCUUGCGCGGAAUGUCCCACUUGCACAGGCGCAGAAGAUCUUCCAGACGGAAAUCACGUGCGACAUCAUCCCCAUCUCUAUGAAGGGCAACAGCACGAGACGUUUCAUUAAGCGGCGCGAUCGCCUCGUCGGCCCAAAGGCGCAGACACUCAAGGCACUGGAGAUUCUCACCGGCUGCUAUGUCCUCGUUCAGGGAAAAACAGUCGCAGUGAUGGGACCUGUGAAGGGAUGCCAGCAGGUACGAAAGAUCGUCAAUGACUGCAUGAACAACAUCCACCCCAUCUACGGACUGAAGCAGCUGCUCAUCAAGAGGGAGUUGGCAAAGCGCGAGGACCUGAAGCACGAGGAUUGGAGUCGCUUCAUCCCCGUCUACAAGAAGAGUGUCCAGAAGAAAGAAAAGGUGAAGGCGGUCCGGAAGGCCAAGAAGGAACAAAUGAAGGCCUCACUCAAGAAGCAGGCCAACAAGGAGAGGUCUAUCUUCCCGCCUGCCCCGCCGAAGCGCAAGGAGGACAUUGCAAUGGAGAGCGGCGAGGCCUUCCUCGUGGACAAGAAGCGCCGCAAGCGCGACGACUACAAGAUGGACUGA